CGGUCAAAUUAAACUCGAUCCCUGUCAACGUUAGCUAAGAAGUGUACGACGAUAGGAAAAGAGAUUUGUCGUAUCGCCCUCGCCGGCCAUGGAUGCCCGGCCAAGCACAAACAGUCGACGGUGACAGGACCCAGAAAAAGAUGGACAAGUCUGAACUCUCUGACGUCCUAGAGCAGGCUGAGCUCUUUGUGGUCGAUCGGCAAGUUCUAUUAUUGAAAAACGAGUGUAAAAGAGUUUUAGUAGUUAAUUAUGGUAGCUUUUACAAAGUCGAAAAACUCAAUAUUCUAUCGGUCACGGUUCUUAUCAUCUUAUGUAUGUGGAUGAAAUCUUCAUGAGAUCACCAAUAUUGAAUACAUCGACUCCAUCUUUUUUUUUUUUUUUUCAAUCUCCAUUAUCCUGGUCUUCUCCGUUUUACCGGGAAUUGCCAUUUGUCAUGAGUUUGACUUUGUUUUUGUCCUUACAUAUUAGAGGUCAUCCUAUCAGUAAUUGUUUAUAUGACUUGGAUCGGACUAUCAGUCGCUACAACUGAAAAUCACGAUGUAUGGGCUCAAUGUUAUUUGGAUUCGUAUUAUGAGCCUGGUCUGUAACUGAUUUUCCUUUACCAUAUUAGAUUAGGGUUACUGGAUUAGACCUUAGUGAAGUACUAUAAAUGAUUCUCAUGCUUCUCGAUAUUCUGUAUCUCCUUGAAUCAUAGUGAAAAUGGUUCUCCUUAGCUAACACAUAUUGUGUUAGUAAACCACGUAAAUCGUAUGUCGUAUGUGUGUUUGUGCUUUCGUUUUCUUGCACUGUCGAAUACUCUUAUUUCCGAUAAUAAAAGAAACUUUUGUGACAACUUUUUUUCCUUUCUAUUGUCAUCAUAAUGAUCUCUUAUUGAUUUGAUUUCCCUUGACAUUAUCGUCUCCGAGUGACAACUUAGCAACAAUGCCCAUCACCUCAAGUUUGUAAGGUAGAGAAAAGAAACUAGGUGGAAUAAAAUUUAAGUAAAUGAUGAGACCCGCUUGAUGUCGAGAGUAAACUAAAUGUAUGCUAAUUUAUAUUUACUACUUUAAUCUUUCCAUGGUUCGUCCUUGUUUUUAAAAAUAAAAGUAUCGAUGUAUUUUUGUUUACAUCCAUUUUUUCCACGCAAAAAAAAAAAGUGAGCUAAAGAUUAUUUAAAAGAAUAUUAUGUAAUUUGUUGGACCUCAUAAGUUUUGAUCAAUUAAAUAAACAAUAAACAUUUACAAACAAACAAUAUAAAAUUCAAGCAUACAAAUUUACAAAAUAAGUAGUAGCAGAAAGAGGCACGCGAGUGAGUGAUAUAAAAUACAUUAUUCAACCUCUGCCAACAACUCCUGAUAUUAGGAUAAAUUAAUUCUUUACAUGGUAUCAGAUCCUUCCGUUAUCGAAAGUCUUCUGUUUGAAUAUCGGUGACCCUGUUUGUGAAGCACACUGUAUUCACGUAUACAUGUAGGGCUGGCGGACGGUUUUCCGGUUAGCGGCUAACCGGACGGUUUCGACCGAACCGUCCGAUUUUCGGCUAGCCAAAAAACGGAUCCCAAUGACGUCAGUCGGUCGUCGGUAGCGAGUGGAGAAGGCUCGGCUAGCCGACCAACCGAGGUUGAAAACCAGCGGUUAGCCAACUAACCGAGCCUAACCAAAACGACCCGGCCCCCUUCUCAAAACGACCCCCCCCCCCCCCCCCUCAAAACGACCCCUCUCUAGUCCCUCCCCAAACCCUAACCGAGCCUAACCCUUCUCUUCCGUCAUCCUCUCUCUCUUCUCUUCCCUUUCACCUCUCAAAAAUCAAAAUGGUAACGCAGAAGAACUUGAAAACCCAAAAGAAGAAGAAAGAAGAACUGUCACGACCACCGCCGCCCUCCUUCUCCCUCACGACUCACGACCGCCGCCUCCACCAUCGUCGACGUCGCCGCGCCGCCUCCACCCUCGCCGCUCGACCUCUGCCUCCACUCGCCCUCCGCUCGACCUCCGCCUCCACUCGCAGGCAGCAGCAGCUCGACCUCCGCCUCCACUCGCCGCCGCCGCGCAUCUGCUCUGUGUUUCCAGAUCUGAAAUGGAAGAAGGAAGGAGGGAGAAGGAAGGAGUGGUGGGUGUUGUGGGUUUGACAUUGAGGAAGGAGAGAAGGAAGAAGAAGAAUCGAGAUGGUGAAAGUGGAUAGGAAGAAGAAGAAUCGAGAAGUGAGAGGGUGAGGAGUGAGUGGUUCAGAAUUUUGUUGCUUUUAAUUUUUUUUUUAUAAAGGGUAUUUUCCGGU